AUGUCGUACUCGUGGGUCGGCGCGCCCGCGUCCUUCAACGGCACCGACACCGACCUCGGCGGUGAUUCGAAAACCGAGAACCUCAACCAAUGGUACCAGUCGGGCGACCAGGCCUACAUCAUCGUGGCCUCGGCCAUGGUGUUGAUCAUGGUCCCCGGCCUGGCCUUCCUCUACUCCGGUCUCGCGCGCAGAAAGUCCGCCCUCUCCAUGGUCUGGGCCUGCAUGGCUUCGUCCUCCGUCAUCACUUUCCAAUGGUACUUCUGGGGCUACUCGCUGGCCUUCAGCACAAACACCACCAACGGCUUCAUCGGCGACCUGUACAAGUUCGGUCUCAUGAGGACGCUGGGCGCUCCCAGCCCCGGUAGCCCGCUGAUUCCCGAGCUGCUCUACGCUUUCUACCAGAUGCAAUUCUGCGCCGUCACCGCCGCUAUCGUCGUCGGCUGCGUCGCUGAGCGCGGCCGCCUGAUCCCCUGCAUGAUCUUCAUCUUCGUCUGGGCCACACUCGUCUACUGCCCCGUCGCCUGCUGGGCUUGGAACGUGAACGGCUGGUUCUUCGCAUGGGGCGGUCUGGAUUAUGCCGGCGGUGGUCCCGUCGAGAUCGUGUCCGGAAUGUCUGCUCUGGCCUACUCGUGGAUCCUGGGCCGUCGCCAGGAGAGGAUGAUGCUCAACUUCCGCCCCCACAAUGUCUCUCUCAUCACUCUCGGCACCAUUCUGCUCUGGUUCGGCUGGCUCGGCUUCAACGGCGGCUCCGCCUUCGGUGCCAACCUGCGUGCCGUCAUGGCCUGCUGGAACUCCAACUUGACCGCCAUGUUCGCUGCCAUGACCUGGGUUCUCCUCGACUGGAGGCUUGCUCGCAAGUGGUCCAUGGUCGGCUGGUGCUCGGGAACCAUUUCCGGCCUCGUGGCCGCCACUCCUGCGUCCGGUUUCAUCACCCCCUGGGCCAGUGUCGUCCUCGGUAUCGUGACCGGCAUCGUCUGCAACUUUGCCACCAAGAUCAAGUUCUGGGUCCGCAUUGACGAUGCUAUGGAUGUGUUCGCCGAGCACGGCGUCGCCGGCAUGAUCGGUCUCUUCUUCAACGGUCUCUUCGGUGCCAGCUACAUCAUCGGUCUCGACGGCGUCAACACCGGCCUCCUCGGUGGCUGGAUCGACCACCAGUGGGUCCAGCUCGGCAAGCAGGUUGCCUACAUCGUUGCCGUCACCGCAUACGCUUUCGUCGUCUCCGCCCUCAUCGCCGUCGUCAUCGACAAGAUCCCCGGUCUUCACCUCCGCGCCUCCGAGGAGGCCGAGCUCCUCGGCAUGGACGACGACCAGCUCGGCGAGUUCGCGUACGAUUACGUCGAGGUUCGUCGUGAUUACCUGGCCUGGACCCCCGCCAAGAACGAGCCCGCCACGGCCGACCACCAGAUCCCUCAGGGAGAGCGCCACGGCAUUCCCCAGCACAGCCAGAUGCUCGAGGGUAAGGAGCCCAGCGAUUCGAGCUCUGGCCACGAGCACACUGGCGUCGCAGGAGACCGCCAUGCCGUGGCCCUGGAGGAGAAGGCGGAAGGCGCAAUGCAGAGAUGA